UUACCAACCAUCUCUAAUCUUACAACUAUUCAAUUCUGCAAAGAGCUGAGAUGAUCAAAUCCACCAUUAACCCUUCCAUGCUUCCACUACUGUGUGAGUCUGUUACCCUGAAACCCACUCAGGUCUCCUCAUACUCCCAUUUCACCAAUAAUCUCUACAGUAAAGCAAACAAAAUGUCUACCUCUUUCUCCCACAAGCACAAACCAUCCAAGGUAGAAUCACCAAACUCUGAACUCCUCCACCUUCGAGAAAUCCCUGGUAGCUAUGGUCUCCCUUUCGUCGGAGCCAUAAGGGAUCGCAUAGCCUACUUUUACACCCAAGGCAAAGAUGAAUUCUUCAGGUCCCGAAUACAAAACUACCACUCCACAGUCUUCAGAACCAACAUGCCACCUGGUCCCUUCUUAGCCUCCGACCCUAAAGUCAUCGUCCUCCUCGACGCCAAAAGCUUCUCCGUCCUCCUCGACGUCUCUAAGGUUGAGAAGAAAAACGUCCUCGAUGGCACUUUCAUGCCCUCAACUUCCUACACCGGCGGUUAUCGCGUUUGCGCUUAUCUCGAUCCCUCGGAACCCAAACACGCCCUUCUCAAACGCUUCUUCUUCUCUAUCCUCUCGUCUCGUCAUAAACUAUUCAUUCCUGAGUUCCGUUCAACACUCUCCGAUGAGCUCUUCCCACUUCUCGAAGAUCAGAUUUCCAAAAACGGAAAAGCCAAUUUCAACACUUUAAGUGAUUCCAUGUCUUUCAGCUUCGUUUUUCGUUUGUUUUGUGAUAAGAAUCCAUCCGUUACAAAGAUCGGAUCGGAGGGACCGACACUUGUCGGCAAGUGGCUGUUCUUCCAACUUGCUCCUUUAAUCACAUUCGGCUCCACUAAAAAAAUCUUAAACCUCAUAGAAGAUCUCCUCUUACAUACCUUCCCUCUCCCUUCCUUCCUCGUGAAAUCGGACUACAACAAGCUCUAUGAUGCGUUCUCUGACUCGGCGAGUCAGAUACUGGACGAAGCGGAAGCAAUGGGACUCAAGAGAGACGAAGCAUGUCACAAUCUCGUCUUCCUUGCUGGGUUCAAUGCGUUCGGAGGAAUGAAGACUCUGUUCCCAGCUCUGAUCAAGUGGGUCGGCUUAGCAGGAGAAAAGCUGCACAAGCAGCUCGCCAGAGAGAUCAGAACCGUCGCUGAGUCGGAAGGAGGGGUGACUUUUUCGGCGAUAGAGAAGAUGACGUUGACCAAAUCUGUGGUAUACGAAGCGUUGAGGAUCGAACCACCUGUGCCAUUCCAGUACGGGAAGGCGAAACAAGAUCUGGUUAUCGAGAGUCAUGAAGCAGCCUUUCGGGUCAAGAAAGGAGAGAUGAUAUUCGGGUAUCAACCGUUUGCGACUAAGGAUCCGAAAGUGUUUGAGGAUCCGGAGGAGUUCGUGGGAAGUAGAUUCGUUGGAGAGGGAGAGAAGCUGUUGAAGUAUGUUUACUGGUCUAACGGCCGUGAGACGGAGAGUCCGACGGAAGAGAACAAGCAGUGCCCGGCGAAGGAUCUAGUGGUUUUGGUGUCGAGGCUCAUGCUUGUAGAGUUCUUCCUCCGUUACGAUACGUUUACGGUUGAGGUCGGGAAGGUGAUGCUGGGGUCGUCGGUGACGGUGAAGUCGUUGACGCCGGCGAAGAGCUGCAGUUAAGGAGCAGAAGGUGAAAGCAGAGGCAACAAAGAGAGAUGGAGAAGGUGGUGUGGGUGUUGGUGGAGAUCCAACAAAGAGAAAUUGAGAGGAUACUUGUGCAACAGCUUCAUUGAGUGACAUAAAAACAUGAAAUCACAUAGCAUUUUCCAACAAUCUCAAUGGGUAGAGUAAGCUUGAGAGAGGGAAUUUGAGAUUGUAACAUCUAAAUAAAAUUAAUAGAGGAGAAUCUAGAUGGAAGUUCUA